GAGGAAGAAGAAGAUCUAUGGUUAGGUCUAUUAAGUCAAGUCUAAAAACCUAUCAAUAUACAAAUACAAAUAUACAUGUACAAAAAUUACUAAUGAAAAAUGAAAUUUGUGCACACUUGCAUAAAGUUUACCUUUGAAUUCUGAAUAGGUUAGAAUGUUGGAAUCCACUUCAACCAUCUACAAGGAUACAAGCUGUUAACAUAUAACAAUAUAUCAAAUAUGUGUACAUUUUGUGUAUGGAUUUAUAUACCUCAAAUUUGUUAAAGAGUGAUUAUUAAGGGUGGAAAAUGGUUACAAUAAAUGCUGAGAAUAAUAAAGAUAUUUGCCAGUGGUUAAUUCAUGUAAAACUGUCGCGAAUAGUUAUUAUGGUUUUAGCAAUACUAAUAUUAACACCACUUAUUACACAUUUUUAUUUAUCAAAAGUGGAAAGAAAUUCUAAUUUAAUAGAACACAGUGCACAUUCACAUCAAAACCUUCCUGAAGAUCUCAAUGUUAUUAAAGUAGAUGAUUUAAGAGUAGGUGUAGAAGAAUUGCUUAGAAUUAGAGGUUCAGUUUUAAGUGAACUACGUGAUAUUGAGAAAAAAAGGCAGCAGUUUAAAUUAGAAAUACAGACAUACUCGAAAAAUAUAGAGGAACUGAAACAAGAACUGUUUCAUCAGCAAACAAAUUUAAAUAGACUGAAAAUAUCAAUUGAACAGGCUCAAGUGGCUCAAAGAGAGGCUUUACAACAGAAUACACCUGACUUAGCAUUGCCGAAAAUGUUAACUGCGGAUGUGCUUCCAGCAAUUUUAACUAACUUACCAAGAAAUCUAUCUAAAAGAUGUCAAAUGUUUUCUUGUUUUGAUCAUUCUAGAUGUUCAUUAACAUCAGGAUUUCCAGUAUACCUUUAUGAUCCUGAUCAACAUCCUGUAAUGCACAGGGGUUGGGAUGUUGACGGAUUUUUAAAAACUACCUUGAAACAAACAUUGGGUUAUAAUCCCCAUCUGACAAAUAAUCCUAAGAAAGCUUGUAUUUUCUUAGUAUUAGUUGGGGAAGCUUUAAAGGACUCUGAAGACAAUGAUAAUAUGGAAAAUUUUCCUGCACUGGACUCUAAUGCUUUAAAAAAAUUACCUUUUUGGGGUGGAGAUGGAAGAAAUCAUGUUUUGUUAAAUUUAGCUAGAAGGGAUCUUACUGCCAAUUCAGGAGACAUAUUUUCUUCAAUAGAUACCGGAAGAGCAAUCUUAGUGCAGUCUACUUUCAGUUAUGAUUUAUUCAGACCAAAUUUUGAUUUGAUUAUUUCGCCAGUACUAGGACCACCAGGAGGAGAUGUUUGGCAAGAAUGUGCUAAUAUGCUCCCUGCUCGUAGAACGUAUCUUCUUUCCUUUCAAGGAGAAAUGAAAGAGGUGAAGUUGCCCUCAACAGAUUCAUACAAUGAUGAUACUAACAUUGCAAAAGAUAAGCGAUUGGAUAAAUUCAUAAUUGAACACUUACAGCAGUUGGCAAAAACAGAUACAUCAGAUCAAUUUUUGUUCGAAUUUGAAUGUGUACCUGCAAGUGAUAACAAUAUUGAUGUAGGGCCACAAGAUUGGACUUUAUGUGGAACAGACAGUAGUAGAAGGACAAUAUUGAAGGAGUCUACAUUUGUAUUAAUAUUUGCACCAGAUAACACAUUAUUAACCUCAACGUUAUUACAAGCCAGAGUAUAUGAAGCUCUGCGCUCAGGUGCCAUUCCUGUGAUUUUGGGAGGUGACCAAGUAAAAUUAGCUUAUGAUGAAGUUGUUCAAUGGAAACGAGUUGUAAUUUUUUUAACCAGAACCCGAGUAACCGAACUACACUUUUUGUUAAGAGCUAUACCAGACGAAGAUAUUUUAUUAUACCGUCGACAAGGUAGAUUAGUUUGGGAGAGAUAUCUCGCUUCUGUACAAAGUACAUUGGACACCAUAGUAGCAGUAUUACGAGAACGUCUAGGUAUACCAGCUCUUCCAGCUGACACUGUUGCAGCUAUAAGUGUUUUUAAUGAUACUUUUCAACCAAUUCAGGUGCAAGUUGGAGGAGAUGUUGAACAAGAAGAAAGUUUAGGUCCUUCAGAACCUCUUUAUGAUAGCCCAGCUUUUAGGAGAAAUUAUAGCUUGCCAUUCACUCAGGGUCAUGAACUGUGGAAUGAUUGGGGUGAUCCAUUUAGACUGUAUCCUGCUUUACCAACUGAUCCGGUAUUAUCAUCCGAUGCAAAAUUUAUAGGUUCUGGGAGAGGCUUUCGUCCUAUAGGACAGGGUCAAGGAGGGGCUGGCAAAGAGUUUUCAGAAGCACUUGGGGGAAACAAUCCUAGAGAACAGUUCACAGUACUUCUCUUAACUUAUGAAAGGGAACAAGUGCUGUUAGAUUCAAUUGCCCGACUCCGAGGGUUGCCUUAUUUACAUUCGGUGGUUGUAAUAUGGAAUUCCCCCAGACUUCCUAGUCCUGAAUUAAGAUGGCCUGAUAUCGGGGCUCCAGUUCAUAUCGUCAAAGCUGCUCGAAAUUCUUUGAAUAACAGAUUUUUGCCAUUGGAUAACUUACAAACAGAAGCCAUUUUAUCUGUGGAUGAUGAUGCUCACCUAAGACACGAUGAAAUUCUUUUUGGAUUCCGCGUUUGGAGAGAACAUAGAGAUAGAAUAGUAGGGUUUCCCGGUCGCUAUCAUGCUUGGGACAUUAAUACCAAAAAUAGCUGGUUGUACAAUUCAAACUACAGUUGUGAACUGAGUAUGGUAUUAACAGGUGCUGCUUUCUUGCACAGGCAUUAUUUGCAUUUAUACUGGAAAUGGUUACCCCAAGCCAUCAGAGACAAAGUGGAUGAAUACAUGAAUUGUGAAGAUAUUGCAAUGAAUUUUCUAGUCAGUCAUAUUACCAGGAAACCCCCUGUCAAAGUAACAUCUAGAUGGACUUUUAGAUGCCCAGGUUGUCCUCAGAGUCUGUCUGAAGAUGAUACACAUUUUCAAGAGAGGCACAAGUGUAUAAAUUUUUUUUCGCAGGUUUUUGGAUAUACACCUUUAUUAAAUACCCAGUACAGAGCCGAUUCAAUUCUGUUCAAAACCAGAAUACCACAUGACAAGCAAAAAUGCUUUAAAUUUAUAUAAACAUCAAGAAUUUUAGUACCUUACUUUUUCAUGGAAUAUUAUUUAUAUUGUCUAACAAUAGAUAUAUUUUAAAUUAUAUUUAUUUGUAAAUAUUUAUUUCGUCUCAAUGAACGAAUAUUUUAUAGUGAUAUAGAAUUUUUAAUUGUGCCAUUUAAAACCUCCCUGUAAAGACUACAUCACAAAUAAAUUUUUGU